CUGCCUCUUCGGACCUGCCUCUCUUGCUCUCGGAGAAACACUCCCCAGUCGUCGACCGCAUGGAUGAACACGCAGCUCUUCCAACAACAAGAGCGUACACAGAGCUAUCCCCACGGAAAAAUUGCAAGGAAUUUUGCAAAACAGCAAGCAGGACCAACAGGUGCUCGUCAGUUGCUUCAGAGGCCGUUUUAAAAGGUUCUCGAGGCCCCCCGCCGCCGGCCCCUGUUCACCCACCUCGAUUGAGAACGGGGAAAAGCCGUCUGCCCUGUGGAAGUAAGCAGCCGCAUGUCUUCUGCGAGGUCUCCCAGCCCUCGCACGGAUCUAAGUUCCAUGGCUUAGGCUCGAGAUCCCCGUGCACAUUGGACCUCCACCGCCUCGUUGAGGUGAGUGGCGCGCGACUAGAUGGAAAUACUCCGCGAUCCAGCACCUCGCCAGAUGUGCUCACCGCCCCCCAAUGUUGUUCAUGCAUGAAAGUACUCCUUCGACGGUCUUUCGAUUCAUUCAUCAGCACACAAGAAUUAUGUUCGGCGUGUCCCAGAUCCUUUCCAAGGUCAGAUCUCCCUCUUUCCCCCCACACCUGGAAAUCCCCAAGUGCACUUUUCGAACACCUCAUUCUGCUCACGAGAAUUCCCGCAAGUCGAAAGAAAACUAAUUCUUCAUCCCAACUCAACUAAAAAUAAAACUCUAAACUCGCCAUCACUUCAUCCGGUCUUUUACCGCUCGCCAAGCUCUCCCAACCGGGAGCACGUAAUGCAUAUUCCAGAUGCCAGCAACUUAGGUGUUUGAUCAGCACCGCAUGAAUAACCCUGCAUCACCAAGAGCACACAUCAUCGGCAC